AUGGAACGGCAUAAGGACCACCACAAUCAUUACAGCACUCUUGAGGUCGACCAGGGCGCACAACUCCCCGAAGUCAACAGUCAUGACCUGCCCCAAACUAAAUUGGACAACACGCUGCCUGAGGCCAUUUCCAAAGAUGUCUAUCCAGAGGUCGUGCAGUCUAAGAAGCGAUCGGCAAUAUGCGCUGUGGCCAUCGCUGUUGGGGUUGGAGUGGGCGUGGGCGUGGGCGUCAACUCCGACAGCUCGUCGGCGUCCACAUCCACCUCCACAGAGGAUGCCGGAAAUGAGGGAGCCGAAAACUAUACCGAUAAACAGGGCGUGGAACGCAGCCUUGUGUACUACCAGGACAACGCUCUCGAUAUCUGGAAAGCCGACCUUGAUACCUCUACGGACAAUUGGAGUCUUGCGAAGGUCAAUACGUUCGAUAUGGAUCCUAAGAAUGGGACGCCUAUUGCGGCCGUCAACUGGGUCAACGAGUCGCGCACCGAUUUUCAUCUCCGUUUUGUAGGUACCAACCACAACGUCAGGUCUGUUGGAGUGGUGGACAGGUUGAUUGAGGAGGACUGGAUAGAGGUCAAGAUCUAUGACAAUCUGUGGACGGUGACGGACAACUCGGCGCUCGUAACGUACGACAAGGUGUGCAACGAUGUAUGCGAUAUCACCGCCCUAAAUAUCUUCCGGUCUGCGAAGUCCAACGAGACGGCGUUUGCUUACCCGAACGAACGCCCCGAUUUCAACACGUCCUCUGCAGCUUUGAACGUCACAGCAGACGACGAUACAGCAUACGCACUGAUGCCGACUGUGGCAAUACCGGAGCUCAAUGAGACACAUCCAUCGAUUGGAGUCUUUCUGAGCGCGGAACGUAAGCUAAGGGAGUUCUACUUUGCGCGUGGAUAUGGAUGGACUCCUGGAAGCAUGGACUCAGACGUGCCCGUGGAUCCAGGUGCCCGGAUUGCUGCCAUGUGGUACACAUACGACGGUUUGCGAUACGCGCAGGUGCUCAUGACUCGGAGCAACGGGAGCGUAGCGAUGGCAUACCUGGAUGGCGGGCCUGAGAACGAUUGGACUUAUACCGAUAACGUGGAUGGUAUGGAGGACGUGGUGCCAUUGUCACCCAUCUCUGCGACAAAGACUGGACACUUGUUCGCCCUGGAAAAUGGAGUGAAUGGGACGGAGAUCGUUCACUUUCGGAGGACUUCAGUAACGGGGACUCCAACCUUUGAGCGGGCGGGACCGUGUCCGGAUUGUCUCACCAACCUCAACCCCGGCGAGACCAUCCACCAACGCGCCCUCCUCCUCAAAGGCCGAAUCCACCUACCCCCCGGCUCCAUGCCACCACUCACCAGCUCCACCUCGACCCCCUCCUUCAUCACCAUCACCACCACCUCCUCCGCCGGCGACCCCCUCUUCCCCGACCAAACCUGGCCCCUCACACCCUCAGGCCACUUCAAAGCGCUCGUCUUCCUCACCCCAGGCCCCAACACGCUCUACCUCGUCUGGGACAACAGCUCCGGCUCCCACAACGAGCUCCACACCGCCACCCUCGCCAUCCCCGUCACCUACAUCCCGCUCCUGCAGACGCCGCCGCUCCACCUCGCCGUCCUCGUCGCCGCCGACUCGCCGCUGCUGAUGGACUGCCCGCCGUACAAGGGCGCCGGCAUCACGUCGGCGCAUGCAGGGCUGGACGCGGCGGUAAGCAAGCUGCGCAUGGCCGCGUACAUGUGGCAGGCGGGCACGGCCGAGGACAUGCGCGGGAAAGGGCUGGGGCGGCGCGCGUUCCGGCUGGAGGAGGAGUGGGGGCGCGGGGUGGAUACGGUGUCGAGUGCGUUCGUGAACGAUGCGUACGAGCUGGGCCAUCAUGAUCAUCCAUCCAACUUCACGGCGGCGGGUGAUGGCAGCGGCGGCGGUGCCGGUUCAUGCUCGCCCUACGGACCCACGGCCAAGGUGCACGUCGUCAGGACGGAGCGGACGGUCGCGGAGCUGCGGAACCCGGGGAACAGGAUGAAGUUGCGCGACUGGUUCUGCGACGCGCUGGCAAAGCAUGGCGGGGGGCCCUUCGCGGGACCAGCUGAUACCGUCGUCGCUGGGCUGGUGCUGGACUCGCACUACUCCGCCGCGCAGGACGCCGUCCUGGCCAACCCACCGCAAGGCGUCGAGAAGAACGUAGCAUCCGGCAUCGCCCUCGCGGCAUUCGGCUCGCACACGUGCUGGGCGUGGCCGCGCUUCGUCGAGGAUGUGGCCUCGUGCCUGCUCGACUCGACGACGACCUAUUCUUCUACCCGCAACGUCGUCAGCACAUCCAGCAGCGCCACCGCCGAUGCAGACGGCAGCGGCGCGUUCGAGUACGGCGCCGCGUGGCAAGCCUGCGCCGUCGGCCAUGCGCUCAUGCUGCGCGGCGUCGGGCGCGCGUUCGGUUGCUGCUCAGUACGCCCGGCCGGCGUGGAUGUUGUUGAAGAUAGCAGGACGUAUGCCACGCAGCGCAACUACGCCAGCGUCUUCCUGCCCAGCAUCUCGCGCCGCCCGGGCCACCACCCGCUGCAGCUGGUCGACUACGGCAUCAGGGGGAAUGAGGAGAUUUGGGACCUGCGGGACGCGCUGGCCCUGCGGUGCGUGCCGCACUUCCGCAUCGUCGGCGACCCGCGCGCGGCGGUCGUGGCGCGGCAGGCGCGGAGCGGGGCGCCGGUGCUGCGGGCGUGCGUGCGGGAUGGCAUGUUUGUGCUCAGGAUGAGCGUGGAGUGGGGAGCGGGGGGGCUGGCGCGGAUCACGGUGGGCGGGGUCGAGGAGGAGUGGCCCAGCGUCGCGCAGCCGGUGGAUGUGCGGGAGUGGCGGGUCGAUCGGUUGGAGCGCAAGUUCUGCAGGGAGAAGCCGUUGGAGUUGCGGGCGGUGGCGAUGAAUGGGAAGGAGACGGUGGUGGCGAAUGUGUGGGCGUUUGUGGCGCGGUCGGCGUUCGUGAAGGUGCCCGGGUCGGACGUCGUGCUGCAGAAGCGGUCGGUGCGUUCGGGGGAGCUUGAGGCGCAGGACGGUGGCGAGCGGAGUGACGGGCGUGCGUACUGGGAGUGGGCAGCCAUGUUGAAGGAGCGUGGAGGGGAUGGGAAGCUCACUCACGCAACUUCUUUCGACAUGCGCGUCGGCUGCAUCCUGGAUGGAGGCGUCUUGAGCUACGCCGACGGCCACAAGACACACCUCGGCCCGCGGAUUGAUUCGUACGGCAACGACCAUCACUUCGGCGGCCACGCUUCUGAGGAGAUCGCCCUUACGCCUGACGUCGACAUUGUGAAAGUCGAGAUCCAUAGGAACUCCUACGAGCUUGUUGGCAUGCGCACCACCCUCGCCGACGGUACCGUCCGCGGCGAGCUGAACGAGAACGACCGUUACGGGGAGAACGUCGAAAUUGUCGCGCUGGAGCCGGAAGUGGGUGAGAAGAUCGUUGGGUUCUUUGGCAGGAGUGAUUGGAAGCGCUCUUUCAACGGUAUUCAAGAGUUUGGUAUCAUCACCGCGCCUCAGGACGUCGAGUUGCCGGAGUGCGUGUAUGACAUGCCGGAGCUGAAGAACACGGAUGGGGGGCUGGAAGAGACGCGGUCUUUUUUCAACCCAGAUGGGAGCAGGAACGAUGCUAAUGAUUACAUUGAUGACGAUGCUGAUCAGGACGAUGAUGAGGAGUGGGACAAUGAUCGGGAUUAG